GAUGAAGCGGUGAAUCAAGUAAAGAAUUUAAAUCGAAAGAUUAUUCUAUGUACCGAUGAAAAUCUUUUAGAGAUGAUGGAACGAUGUUAUGAAGAUCAUAAGAAGGACGAUGAUAACUAUUUAAACUUUGGUGAUGUUAUUAUCGAUAAUCUUGAAUUCGAAGAUGGAAAAGUCAAAAAAAUUGGAAAAAUCUCUAUGCGAACGACCCGAUUUCAGCCAUAUUAA